UCCUAGCUGUAACCUGUCCAUUCUGGCCCAUACAUUUCCAGUCUCACCUUAUACACAGAGGUCAAAAAUCGCGCCGGGCCUGCCAUAUUUCUGGUUUUUGAUAGCCUUGCGAUAAGCUCGCGCAUUCAUAGUCGCUAUAACCAAUCAAAUUCUGCAUCUCCAUUGGUCAAUAGUCUAGAGCCGAUGUCGAGAUUGGAUAGACUAGUCAUUCUAUUGGAGACAGGCUCCACUCCGUUUAUCCGAAACACUGCCGCAGAUCAACUCUCCGAUCUUGCGAAAAGUCACCCUGAGGACAUUAUUUCACUUUUGGGAAGAGUUUAUCCUUUCUUGAAGAGCGAUACAUGGGAAACAAGGAUUGCUGCAGCAAGGGCGUUUGGAGGUAUCGUAAAUCAUGCACCAAAAUGGGACCCGAAUUCGCCAGCAUCGAUCGAAAAGGAGAAACAGUUUAAAAAACUAGAAGAAAACAGCAUCGUGAAAGAGGAAGAAGAGCCAGGCGUGAAACUCGAGCAAGACGAAGAAUUACGCAAAUUAAAUGAAAGCCUUCUGACACUCGUCUCUUUUGAUGCAUGGGAUUUGCAACAGCUUUUAAAGAGUGGGAAAAAGCUCUUGGCAUCAGGAGGACUUGAGUAUAGCUCACUGAAAAGUGACAGCGGCGGUGACACCCUUCUCAAUAAAUUGAAGAAGCAUAAAGCUGUGGUGAAGACAGAGAAAGUUAUAUCCCCAGAAGUUGCCCAAGUGAAAAAUGAGGAAGACUCUACCAUAAAAUCCGAACCAAAAAGUGACGCCGUCACCCCAGAAGCUAGUACAAAGUCACCGGCUGCCAGUGCCCGAUUAAAGGCAAUGCAAAGGAGAAGAGCAAAAGUGAAUGCCAAAUGCACGGCUGGUAAAAUCGCACCUGUGGAUUUGUCUCAGUCCUCCCUCUCACGCAAACUUAGUGAAAAUGGCGACUAUGACGCAAAAUCCCAGACUGAGAACCCCGCUCCAUUUGAUUUAACACUGCAAGAAGGCGGUUCCAAGUUAAUGAUUGAGACCAAGGCUGCUGAAUUUUCUCCUUUGAUCUCACAGCACGCUAAAGUUAUUGGGCUUGUUUGGCAAUUUCAAGGAGUCUACGAGCUCCUUUUAAAUGACUUAUUUCAUGACAAAUGGGAAGUUCGUCAUGGCUCGGCCUUGGGCCUUCGAGAGUUGGUACGGGCUCAUGGAGAUGGUGCAGGUAGAAUCAUGAAUAAGACCAAGGAGGAAAAUGAUUUUAAUAAUCUGGCUACACUACAAGAUCUAGCAGUCCGUCUCUGUACUCUUUUUGCUUUAGACAGGUUCGCCGAUUAUGUCAAUGACACUGUGGUUGCCCCUGUUAGGGAGUCCGGUGCACAAACGCUUGCUGCUCUACUUCUACAUCUAGACACUGACACAACCUUGAAGACAUUUGAAGCGCUCAAAAGCCUUGUUCUACAACUGCAACUGGGUGAGCCUGACUCCCCAAGAUUUUGGGAAGCAAAGCACGGUGGAAUGCUUGGGGUGAGAUAUUUUGUGAGCGUCCGUACAGAAGUUCUCUUAUCUCUGACAGCACUUAUAGACUCCGUCGUGUUGAUGGUUCUCCAUUGUUUAAAAGAAAGCGAAGAUGAUGUCCAGUCAGUCGCAGCUCUAACUUUGGCACCAAUAGCGAACGAAUUUGUCAAGACACGAACUGAGGUCGUGAAGUCUUUGUUGGAGGUUGUAUGGGAUUGCUUGUCUAGUUUUGAAGAUGACUUGUCUGCGUCCAUUGGAUCCGUGAUGGACUUGCUCUCCAAACUUUGCACGCAUGGCGAAGUUAUACAGAUCAUGCAGUCCCCAGACUUUCAAAAUUCCCGCAACUCGUUCGAAACACUUGUACCGAAGCUAUUUCCGUUUCUCAGACAUCCAAUUACAAAUGUUAGAAGAGCCACUUUGAAAACUAUACUCGAGUUUCUUGAUAUAAACGACUCAACGACCAAGCAGUGGAUAUCUUCCAAAGCUGUGAGGCUUCUAUUCCAGAACUUGCUUGUUGAACAAAACCCAGAAAUUUUGAACCUCUCCAAGGUCGUUUUUGACAAAUUGCUCGUGGAAAUCGAGCGUAAUGACAGUUUGAGAUCGUUGGAAAGCUACUUUGUUCCCCACUUACAGCCUUUGAUGACUUUGAUAAUGACACCAAUCGGAAUUGCGAGACACAAUUAUCAAAUGAAUGCAAGCCUCCUCAUGAAACCAUCAGGAUUCAAUUUUGCAAAUAAUGAGGUUUCAUGGGAAAAAGAAAGUGAAAACGACACAUGCGACAGCGAAGCUACCGAAUUACCCGUUAAACGUGGUAGAAAACGGAAAGCAGACACAAAGCCAGUAAUUAGUCCCGGUGAUGAGCUCAGAAUAAACAUCGAUGCCCCGAUGCACAGCGGCGACGUCAUGUUUGUUGGCUAUGAUAUUUUCAUUGCCACAAGGGUUGCGGCAGCCCUGGCAUUCGGGAAAGCUCUUUCCAAGUUCAAGGACAAGGUUGUGAUCGAUAGAGCUCUUGAUGGACUCAAAUUACAUCUCUCCUCCCCUCAUGCCACCCCUCGUUUAUUCACUGCCAUAAUAAUCGAAGAGUAUGCAAACUUGUGUGAAGAAAAGACAUCCUUAGAAGUGACCAACGCUUUUACUGAUGUAUUCAUUGACGCAUUGACGAACAAUGGUGAUAUCACUUACUACAGAGAACUUGUGCCUACUUUAAAAAGCGUCAGAACAGCCUGUCUCCAACUCUUCGAUGUUUUCACAAGCAGGGCCAAUUUAUCAUCGAGCAAACUCCCUCAGCUACCUGUUGUUGUUCAAGGAGAAGCUGGAUGUGGUUCUGAAGCCUUUGGAAUAGAAAGUGCAUCCAAGAUCGUGGAUGAAACUUACCCGAAGUUGGUAAAAACCCUCUCUGCGUCAAAUCGCAUAUCUGCCAAUCAAGCUUUGGAAGACUCUAAGCACAGAAUAACGGUUGCUUUGAAUGAAGCACGGAUAGCCAGCUCGCGACGUUCAACAAGCAUAUAUGCGGCAUAUGCAGCUGCAGUGUUAGCAGUGAGUGGAGUUCCGAAAAAGCUCAAUCCAAUCAUUCGAUCAAUCAUGGAAAGCAUAAAACAAGAGGAAACUCUUUUGUUACAUCAAAGAACAGCGAAUUCAAUGGCUCAUCUUAUCGGAGAGCUCAACAAAAUUGGGAAAAAGGCGGCUUCAGAUAAAAUUUUAAAAAAUCUUUGCGCAUUUCUUUGUGUCGACACGUCUGAGGUACCAGAAUUUAUUCACAACGCCAAACUGCAAGACAAGAUCCUCUCUCUCAGGAAAGAAGAAGCAACAAAAGAUCCUGCAGACGUUGCGGCUCAUGAGAGGGCUGUGUUUGAAGCCAAGAUCAAACGAAGCGGUGCUCUUUUGACCUUGGAGCAGAUUUUACUUUCCUACGGAGAUGAUCUUUUCCAGGUACUUCCGAAGCUCGAAGAAAUUUUGUUCGGACCUCUUCAACUAUUGGAAAAGUAUGAUGGCAUUGUGCUAGAAAAUGAGUCUGAGGGACAAAGUAUUAUUGAUGCCUUGGGAGUAUUGAGGGCAAUUCUUCCUCAAUUUAGCCCAAAGCUACAGCAGGAAUGCGAGAAGAUCUUACCCAAACUUCUUUUUGGUCUCAAGAGCAAACUUGCAGUGUUUAGAUACUCUUCCUCUAAAUGCUUCAGCGCUCUUUGUGCAGUUUUGCCAUCCAAGUCCAUUCCCUUCAUGGUGAAGUCCAUUCUUCCGAUGCUUAAUAACGCGAGUGAGUUCAGGGAAAGACAAGGUGCGAUCGAGACAGUUUAUCAUGUUACCAGCACAAUGGGAUCUGAUAUCUUGCCUUAUAUUGUCUUCUUGAUAGUGCCGGUGAUGGGAAGAAUGAGCGAUGCUGAUCAGGAUGUGAGGGUGUUGGCGAGUACGACAUUUGCAUCUAUAAUCAAGCUUGUUCCAUUGGAAGCCGGAAUUCCUGACCCGCCUGAUAUGCCUGAAGAACUUUUGACCGGAAGAGAUCGUGAGAGAGAGUUUAUAAAGCAAAUGAUGGACCCGACUAAAAUUGCUCCCUUCGAACUCCCGGUUGCUAUAAAAGCUACAUUGAGAAAGUAUCAGCAAGAUGGCGUUAAUUGGUUGGCAUUUCUUAACAAGUAUCAUUUGCACGGAAUUUUAUGUGAUGAUAUGGGUCUUGGAAAAACAUUGCAGACUAUUUGCAUUGUGGCCUCAGACCACCAUAUUCGUGCUGAAAAAUACGAACAGACCAACUCUGAUGAGUACAAGAAGGUCCCCAGCUUGGUUAUUUGCCCCCCUUCAUUAACUGGUCACUGGGAGCAGGAACUUAACCAAUAUGCUCCACUUUUGAAAGUUGUCGUCUACGCAGGUGGUCCAACGAUAAGAGCUAGUAUUAGGCCGUCUCUUUUUGACUCUGAUGUUGUGGUGACGUCCUAUGAUGUUUGCAGAAAUGAUGCGGACAUCUUGAGUGAAUUGUCGUACAACUAUUGUGUUCUUGAUGAAGGACAUAUUAUCAAAAAUUCUGCUUCGAAAUUGAGCAAAGCUGUCAAACAAAUAAGAGCCGGGCAUAGAUUGAUUUUGUCCGGUACUCCAAUUCAAAAUAAUGUGCUUGAGUUGUGGUCGUUGUUUGACUUUUUGAUGCCAGGGUUUCUUGGUACAGAGAAACACUUCAUGGAGAAAUUUGCAAAGCCAAUAGCUGCAAGCAGAAACAGCAAGACUUCUUCACGGGAGCAAGAGGCCGGGGCUUUGGCGUUGGAGUCUUUGCAUAAGCAAGUCCUCCCCUUCAUGCUUCGGCGGUUAAAGGAGGAUGUCUUGUCCGACUUGCCACCCAAGAUUAUUCAGGACUAUUAUUGUGAACUUUCCGAUUUGCAAAAAAUACUCUACAAAGACUUUGUUUCGAAACAAAAAACUGUUAUUGAAGAGGAAAUCACCAAAGAAAACCCUAUGGACACUGUGGAAGACAACUCAAAAACUCAUAUUUUCCAGAUUCUUCAGUAUAUGAGAAAAUUGUGCAAUCAUCCAGCGUUGGUGAUGACACCUAAUCACCCUCAAGCUCCCAAAGUAACUGAAUUUUUGAAAGAAAAUAAUUGCGCACUACGAAGUAUCGAGCAUGCUCCGAAGUUGACCUCAUUAAAGACCAUCUUGUUAGAAUGCGGCAUCGGCGUCCGUGAUAGCGAAUUCUCGGGGUCCAGGAACAAGGCCAAGCAGAAACAGCAGCAGCUUGUUACUUCCGAAGGUGUUAUUUCAGAGCACAGAGCAUUGAUAUUUUGCCAACUAAAAGACAUGCUUGACAUCGUGGAAGAUGAGUUAUUCAAAAGACAUAUGCCAUCAGUUACCUACAUGAGACUAGAUGGUAAAACGGAUCCUCGUAAUAGGCAAGCAAUCGUGAGAAAAUUCAACGAAGAUCCAUCCAUUGAUGUGUUAUUGUUGACCACGAAAGUUGGAGGUCUAGGUCUCAAUUUGACUGGAGCGGACACGGUAAUUUUUGUGGAACACGACUGGAAUCCUAUGAAUGACUUGCAAGCUAUGGACCGGGCCCACAGACUUGGACAAAAGAAGGUCGUGAAUGUUUACAGAUUGAUCACCAAGUCCACUUUAGAGGAGAAAAUCAUGGGUUUACAGAAGUUCAAGAUGAAUAUUGCCUCGACGAUUGUCAAUCAACAGAACGCUGGUCUUGCAUCGAUGGAUACCAACCAGUUGCUAGACUUAUUUGACGUCGACGAAAACGCCGCCAAAAUGGAAGUCAAUGGAAAUGACAAAAAAGAUAAGAAUAUUCCAGAGGACUUAACUGGUGGUCUCGUACCUUCAGAUGCCGUUGGUGAGAUGGGUCAAUUGUGGGACGAAGCUCAAUAUGAAGAUGAGUAUAAUCUUGAUAACUUCAUUAAGACCCUCAAAUAGAGAUUAGGAUGUAUAUAAAAUGAUAUCCAAAACUAUCUACUCCGCAAGCAUAUCUCAAAAGAGCUUUUUAUAUCAAGGAUUUAUUAAUCGGUUUAGUUCCAAAGCAUUUGACCAGUGAUUUGA